AAGGUGCCAGUGCUUAUAAAGUCUUUAACAUGUUAAUUUACAUUGAAAGUAAAGCUUUUCCGCACCGAACAUUUGUUGUUGUUGUGAAUUUCAAUGACAAAAUUGCUCGGAUCCGAGCCCGCAUGCUGCACAAGUUAUUUGAGAUUGGCUAUCCAGAUCACCAGUUCAGACUUCGCUACAAGGGACAGUAUCUCAGGGAUGCCUUUCUCAUUAGAGAUUAUGAGAUUGUUGACAAUUCUGUGAUUAAGAUGAUUCCUUUAUCAAAGAAAUCUGAAUCCAUGUCUGACUUGCAGUCUGUGGCAGGAUCCUCUACAGUCAACCUGGAUCUGAAUGCUAAUGAAACAACUGAUGUCAAGGCCCCACUGUACAAGGAAAUUAAAGCAUUUACACUGAGAGAGAAACUUCUGAAGGAUUUUAAUGGCCUUUUGUACAUGCACUUCCUGACCACCUGUCUGACCCUGGUGACAACCUUUUACUACUCUUUUCUGUGGACCUUCCCAGUUUUUAUUUUUGCAGUUUUGUUUCGCCCUCAGUACACAAGAGUUGGAGGAUAUGUUGGAAAUAACACUCAUUUGAGGUUUAUUUUCUGUAUUGCGUACUUCUUGGCUUCACUGGGGACACUGGGAGCGGCUAUUUACAUGUCUGCCACAUCCUGGAUGGUGAUUGUGAAUCAUGGUUGUAAGGACUGGGAAUUUGUCAGUGACUGCUCUCAUAAGAAUGUCUUUACUGCUAUAUUCUUUGCCAUGCAGUCCCUUCUUCUCCUUCUGUCAGCCAUUGUUGUGGGAGUCCUGUUCUUCAGCUUCAGACUGGAGAUUGGAGAUUAUAUUGAACAAUUUCUAGUUCAGGAGAGGGAUAUUGAAAUGGUGAUGGCAGCAGCUCGCAAUGGAAGACUGAAGGACAAGAGAACAGCGGCCUAUGAGCUGGCAGCCAUGGCAGCCUCUGGUGACGACAACAAAUUCAGGAUUGUGGCAGAAGGAGGUUUGGAGGUUCUGCUUGCUCUUGCAAUGAGUACAGAUGAAGGGACACAGGAGCAUGCAGUGGAAGCUCUAGAAGAACUCAUCACAAUUCCCUCCAUACAGGACAACUUUGUGGAGAUGGGAGGAGUGAAGGCUUUGACGGCACUGCUUCACUCGGAGAAUUCCCGAAUCAUGCAGGAAGCUGCUAAUGCCAUUUACGGAAUAGUGUCAGAGUCUGAUGAACACAAGAGUGCUGUAGUCAUGGACCAUGGUCUGGAUGACCUGGCCCAUGCCGCUUACCAAGGAACAAUAACCUGUCAGAGAACAGUUGCCAGUAUCUUUCUGGAUCUGGCAUUCAACAGAGACAUCAGAGUCCAGAUCACUUCCAGGAAUAUUCCAGCCCAGGCCUUAAUCCACCUCUGUAGAAGUAAUGACGUGGAGACUCAAAGAUAUGCUUUACAAACACUAGAACUUCUGGCAAUAGAAAGUUCUGACAUGAUCUGUGCCCAAGAAAAUCUACUGGAGGUUCUUCUGGAGCUUCCUAUGAAUACCAUGGACGAAAAGUUGUUCCUUUUGGCUGGAAAAAUUCUCCUUUACUACGCAGAAAAUAGACAUACAUGUGAACUUCUGAUGGAUCACACCAUGUUGAAGGAGUCACUGAGUAUGUUUGCCAGAACCAAGGACCCAAUGCUGCAGAAGGUUGUGGCCAAAAUCAUCUUCUGUAUGCUGGAGGCCACAGACCUACGUGUGCGGGCUCGGCGCCUGAAGUUAGACCGGGUUCUGGAAUACAUAAUGGACAAUUCUGCUGACAGAGAGGCGUGGGACAUGGCUGAUCAAGGCCUACAGGUGAUGAAUUCUAAGGAUGACCAUACCCCUGUCCCAGCUCUUCCCUCCCUCACUACACUGGAGAAACUCAAUAAAAUGGCCCCCAAAGACUCAUUUGGAUCUCGAGCUUCCCUUCGCUCAGAUCCAGGCUCAUCUGGGGGCUCGUCUGAUGACAUAAAGAAGGGAAUCAAUUGAGGAAGUGAUCCUCCCCGGGCAAUUUAACUUUUUGUCGAAAUUUUCUUUUUUAUAUCAACAUAUAUGAACUUUCCACAGUAUCAUGCAUUAAAUUUGUUAGAACAUGAUUAUUUAGUUUUCUAACAAUAUGAAUAAAUGUGAAGUUUUGUUAACUGUUUUCCAUCCCAAAUAUGCCCUCUUUUUUGAUUUAUAUAAGGAAGAACAUGUAUAUUGUAUAAAAACAACAGUCUACAGUGUACCUAAUUUGCUAAUAUUUUUUCACAAACUUGACAUUUAUUUGUUGAUUACUGUGAUAAUUUUAUGAUGAUUUAUUCCUGUUUGUAACACCUAUUUUUAUAUAUAUUUAUAUAUAUGCAUAUGUCUAUCUGUACCAUGCCUGUUUUUUUAUUUAUGUUUAUUAUUUUUUAUCAUUUCCACUAAUGUCUUCAUUAUUUACCUCCAGGCUUAACUGUCUUUAUAAAAUACAUGUACAUUUUCAUUUUCCAUUUG